CUGACAGACAGACGGGGUGAGCUGUAUUCAUGUAUUCACCACCACAACAUGAAGGUCCUGAACAAAGAAGAAUUACUGACUGCUGAAGGAGUUCUGCGGAAACACUUCCCGAAGAGUUUGAAGGUGCAUGGUGCCCUUUGUGGUAUGAACAGGGACAAGCCAAAUGCUCUGGAGGUGGUUGUUGAUACAUGGCCUGAUUUUAAGGUGAUCAUUUUCCGACCAGACCCCAAGAGCAAGAAAGCUUUGGAAGUGACUUACUACAGUAAGGAUGAAGAGAUUUUAAGGAAAAUGCUGACAGAGGAGAAUGUGAUUGAUUGGAGCACUUAUUUCAUGAUCGGAGGAUUUGAUUUUUCCCAUGCUUCCAUGCUCAAAGAAGUAUCUUCUGACAUGGACGUGAACAAUAGAAGCUAUAUGUUGGGGCAUGUUAUGUAUUUGCCAGACACCAGCCAUCUGCUCUCACCAGAGGUUGACAGUGAGCUUGAAUCAAGGAUUUCAUCCCUCAACCUCUCUCAUGUCGACUUGGUGAAUAAGAACUGGAAGUUUGGAGGGAACAAGAAGUACAGGAACAUCGCGGACCUCAUCAGCAACUUCCCGUCGUGCUGCAUCACUGACAGCCAGGGUCAGCCGGUGUCCUGGAUUCUGGUUUAUGACUACUAUGCUAUGGGCUUACUGUACACUCUGCCAGAGCACAGGGGGAAAGGUUACGCCAAAGUGCUGAUCAGAGCCAUGGCCAAGAGACUCCAUGCUGAGGGUUUCCCAGUGUACUGCUUCAUAGAGGAGGAGAACACGGUCUCCUACAAGCUCUUCAAAGGCAUGGGCUUCACUGAGGAUCCCUCUUACAGGGCAGCUUGGUUUGAGUUCAACUUUUGAGUUUUGAACCAUUGUGAUUACUAACAACUCAGUCAAGUCAACCUAUUGCUGCAACUUUAAAAUAGGCUCAGUUUGACAUUUUAUGGUCUGGUCAGGUUGACGCACAAACAACGCUUGGUUAGGAUAAGAAAAAAACAUGUUUUUGGCUUAAAAACACAGCUGGUGAUGUCAUGAUUUCCUGUCAAAAAAUAUAUUUUUAGAUUGAAACAGCUUUAGAUUGUCGCUGAAUGUUGAAACAGUGUGGUCCUUUGUCCAAUAUAUCCAGUGGCUUAGUACUUGGAAAUGUUGAAACGCAGUCUUGAACUGUGGUCACUGGCUUGGUAGCCGUCUCCUCCACCUCGUGAUGUGACAGUAAUGUGAACAUGACAUGACAAUAUUGUUGAAAUGGUGCGUAGCCUAUGACACAUACAAAUGUGAACCUGAUAGUGGUUUGCAGAAAGGUGAACUGCCAACAUAUUAUCUUGGCGACUGUGAGUUAUCAAGUAAAUAAAAAUGAUUAAGUAACUGUAA